AUGGGAAAACCAAAAGUGAAGUUGGCUUGGGUCGAGGAACGAAAGAGAAGAGCAACUGUUUGCCAGCGGAGAAUGAAAGAAUUGAUGAAAAUGGCUGAAGAACUAACCAUCGUUUGUGAUAUGAGUGCAUGUUUGGUCUUUUACAACCGUAAAAAUGGUAAGCUGGUGGCGUGGCCAUCUCUGGAGAAGGCUCAAUCUCUCAUCGACUGCUAUAACGCAUUACCGGAAACCGAGAGGAAUAUGAUGGCGAAUGAUGAAGAGUCAUCAUUCAUCAAGACCAUCACCAAGGAGAUCGAGAAGAAACUAGGGCUUUCUCGGAAGGCUAUCGAGGAGUUGAAGAUGGAUAAUCUCAUGCUCCAAAUCAAAAAUGGUAGUAGAAUGAUUGCUGAUCUUUCUCAAACCGAGAUUGAGAAGUUAAAGUCAUAUGCAAGUGAGAAAGUUGCGUAUUAUGAUAGAGAGUUACGUAAGCAACAUCCGAAUACGAGCGGCAAUGAGCCAUUUCUUGAGGAUGACGAUGGGGAGAUGAAGACCUAUGAAGGAGAGAGCAGCGAGUCUGAUGGUGCGGACAAUGCCUAA